UUGUCCGUUGGCGAGACGAGGGAAAAGACUUGCAAGCAUCAACUGCUCUGGUGUAACACAGUGAAUGUUUGUAAUUUAUAUUCGUGUUAAUAAUGAAAUAGAAACUCAAUAUCGUAGUGUUAAAGUUAAUUUUUCAUUAAAAAUCAAUCGAUGACGAAUAAAUAAUAGAAAUAGAACUGGAGAAUUACAGGAGCAUCAAUAUCGGCAUCAACCCAAUUGUGAUACCUCUCUUUACAGUGAUUUCGUCUAGAUUUAGUGAGUGCUAUUAACGGAAAAUUUGGAGAGAAAACAAUGGUAACUAUGGGUGGAAAAUUUAGAAUUCCAAAUAAUAUACCUUUGGAGCAUCAGAAUGGAGUCGUAGAGAGUAUCAGUGCUAUGCAGGAACAUGUCGAGGGUUCGAAUGGCAGGUAUCGAUGGAGUUUCAAUGACUUCGAGUUAGGGGCUCCUCUUGGCAGAGGAAAAUUUGGCAGAGUGUUUCUAGCAAGAGAGAAGAGCACCCAUUACAUGGUGGCCUUGAAAACUCUGUACAAGAAGGAGCUCGUACAAGGUCGUGUGGAAAAACAGGCACUACGUGAAAUAGAAAUUCAAUCGCACUUGAGACAUCCUAAUAUUCUACAAUUGUUGACUUAUUUCCAUGACGAGAAAAAAAUAUUUCUUGUGCUAGAAUUCGCAGCACGGGGAGAACUCUACAAAGAUCUCAAGAGACAGCCUGGGGAGAGAUUCAAUCAGCAUUUUGCUGCAAAAUACACUUACCAAGUGGCGGAUGCUCUCGAUUUUUGUCACAAAAACAAUGUCAUCCACAGAGACAUAAAACCUGAGAAUUUGUUAUUGGAUUCAAAGGGAAAUAUCAAGCUUGCAGAUUUUGGCUGGUCUGUCCACGCCCCAUCAUCAAAACGGACCACGUUAUGUGGUACACUGGACUAUCUCCCCCCAGAGAUGGUGCAGGGCCAGACCUACAGUAUUUACGUUGACCACUGGUGUUUAGGCAUUUUAUGCUAUGAAUUCUUGGUUGGUAAACCACCAUUUCUCAGUGAAUCUCAGCAGGAGACGUAUAGCAAAAUUAAGACUGUUAGUAUCUACUGGCCACAUUAUAUUACUCCUGGAGCUAAAGAUCUCAUUUCAAAGUUGAUCAAGAAGAACUGCCACGAACGAAUUUCACUGCCAAUGGUGAAAAAGCACUUCUGGAUUCUCGAGCACAAAGACAAACCAUGCUGAAGUCAAAAAAUUCUUUUAG